AUGGCAAGUCAUUCGACUAGUGCCGUAGUCUCUUUUCUUAUUGCCAUCAUUAUAAUUGGGAUUGGACAAGUUAUGAAAAAUGAUUUAGCAGCUUCCAAAGUGGGAACAUUGGUUGCUGGUGCUUUGGGUUCCUUAGUUUUUGUGUUUUUGCUGACAGCUAUAUCAAAUUUUGAAAUGUCUUCAAUCGGUGAACAAGUGAAGGCUGGACUUACCGAGGUUUUCUUAUGUCUGUUUGUCGCUCUCAUUGCUUCUGCGACUAUUCAUCGAGUGGCUAUCACGGUGUGCCUGCUAUGCUCUGCAUUUUUAUUGUUUUUAUUGACUGGGAUCAGCCAAACGAAAUAUACAACGACAGUUGUACAACAAUUUGUGCAACAGCGGAAGAAGAAAUAG